AUGGAACAAGUGGAGAGUAGUAGUGGUCAUCGGCACAUAAUUGAUGUAGAGAGAAAUGGGGACGCCUCAUUGACAGCAUCUCAUGGUGAUCAGCAACGCAGGGUAGACUCAACAGAGGAUGAGGAUGGACUUUCGCCUAUCAUGCCAGCCCUUGCGGAUCAAACAACUGUAAAUUCAUCAAACAGAUUGAACUCCGUGAAUUCCUCUAGCACGAGAAGAAGGAGUGAUGAUUACCACCAGCAUCGAACAAGUCCAUUGAAUUCUGGACUAUGGAUUUCAGUGGAGUUAGUUGUCACCGUGGGUCAAAUUAUAGCAUCCAUAGUGGUUUUGUCAUUGUCAAGACAUGAAAAUCCAGAGGCUCCACUAUUUGCAUGGGUUGUAGGUUAUGCAUCUGGUUGUGUGGCAACACUGCCUAUUCUUUACUGGCGUUAUCAUUCUGGCAACCGUGGUAGUGAUCAGCAGUCCAGUCGAUCCCAUCGAGGGACUUCUCAUAGUAGUCAAUCAGAGCCUAGCUCUUAUAUAGCUAUCUCUGUCACACAGUCCACAGAUGAGGGCAAUCAACAUUCUGAAGAAUCGGCAUCAUGGAAUGGCCAAAUUGCAGACACUCUGAGUUCACGAAUUAGUGGGCUGGUGGACCAUUUCAAGAUGGCCUUAGACUGUUUUUUUGCUGUAUGGUUUGUUGUUGGCUAUGUGUGGAUUUUUGGAGGUCACUCUUCACCUUCUGAUACUCCGAAACUGUUAUGUAUAGCAUUUCUAACUUUUAGCUGUAUUGGAUAUGCCAUGCCUUUUAUACUAUGUGCAACAAUUUGUUGCUGCCUACCUUGCAUAAUGUCUGUUCUGGGCAUCCGAGAAGACUUUUCGCAGACAAGAGGAGCCACCUCAGAAACCAUCAAUGCUCCUCCUAUCUACAAAUUCAAGGUGAAGCAAGACUUAAAUGCUGACGGUGAGGAAUUUAACACAGGAGGAAGUGAAGGCGGGGUCUUGGCUACAGGGACAGAAAAGGAGUGUUUCUUGUCAGGAGAAGAUGCGGUUUGCUGUAUUUGCUUGUCAAGAUAUGCAGAUAACGAUGAACUUAAAGAGCUACCUUGUCACCAUGUCUUCCACGUUGAGUGCAUUGAUAAAUGGUUAAAGAUCAAUGCCUCAUGCCCCCUCUGUAAAAGUGAGAUUAGCGAGAGCAGUGGGCUUUCGCAAUCUGACAGAGACAGCUAGAACUGAGGACGAGUUUCAAGUAGCUCAAGAAUUUGCAUAAGGGAGCUGCCCAUGAAUUUGCCAACUACAAUGUUUGCUCAUCGGACUUACGAUGAAACAGGGCCUCUUCGCAGAUACGUGUAUUGACUUGGCACAGGUAGCAAGAGGUUAUAUCUGCAAAGAGGUUCUCUUGUGACGCAUCGGAUGAUUUACCAUUGCUACACUACACUAUGUAGAAGUGAAUCUCUUGCUUGGGAGUGGUCCCACCUUCUCAGGACAUGUAAAUGUGAGGUCGAAGUUGAAUGGUCGGCUCAUACGCCGGGUCCCGUGAAACGAUCUGGGGGUGUUGCAAUGGCAAAGGAAUCUUUGCGCACAGAUCCUAUCUCGGGAUAAUGGUAAUGAUGUAUAUAGCUUGUUCGAAAAUACAGCACAUGGUGUAUUUAAUCAUGUAAAUUGCGAUAAACUGUAACUAUUCAUCGUGUCAUGUUCUCCUA